AAUAUGUCACACUUUCGCUUUCCUCGAGCCGCUGGGCCUAUGGAAGAAGAUAUGAUUAAUUCAGUCGUACAUAGUAUCGAGCCAAAUGAAAGAACAGCAACAUCAAACGGUAAUGGUCAUCCUAUCACCGGUUUUAUUUCGACUAGUGACCGUGCUGUCAGUAGUAGCAACGAUGUCGAAAUGAAUAAUACAGACGAUGAGUCAUCAGGAUCGUCCACCAUUCUUGCUUCUUCGAAGCAACAGCGACAACGACGCUCGGAGCAGCGACAUAAUUCUACCCAAGAGGAGCAACGUUGUUGGAUUUGUUUUGGUGACAGUUCUGAUUCCCAAGGAAAGUGGGUCAAGCCAUGUAAAUGUUCACUAGAAGCUCACGAAAGUUGUUUGUUGGACUGGAUAGCAGAACUGCAAAAAGCCUCGCCGACAAAGAAGGUGAGCUGUCCUCAGUGUAACACACCUUACAAACUCGCACAGCAGAAAAGCAUUCUACUCAGUAUUUUGACGGCAGUGGACUCAUUCGUUCGAACAAGUACACCUUAUAUCACCGUUGUAGGAUUGGGUUGCUCACUAUUAAUCACAUGCACAACUUACGGAGCUUUCUCUGUGUUGACUUUAUUCGGCAGUAGAGAUGGAGAGAGGCUGAUAGGGAACCCGAACACAUGGACCCUCAAAACCUGGAUUGGAUUGCCCCUCAUCCCCGUGAUACUCAUUUCCAGUAAAACCAAGUACGGAGAUGCUAUUUUACCCAUUGCCUCCAUGUCAUUAUUGACGGCUACCGGUAUCACACCAGAUACUAUCCGAUUUACAUGGCCAAUGUCACCUGCUUUAACGAUUGGACUGAUGCCUUGGAUUAGGUAAAUUUUGAAGAAAGCGAGUUAUUCAUAGAUGCUACUGAUAUUAGCAGGGCUUUCAGCUGACCAACACUGAUAUACAAUCAUUAGGCUGUUUUACAAAAAUGCAUAUCGACUUAUUCAGCGUUAUAUGACGAAAAAUCUAUCAGUAAGAGAAACUGCCUCUCUACCAGCAUCAAAUACAGCGGCUUCUUUAAAUCGGCAACGACGACGGGAAUCUCUGAAUUCAAUUCAUACAACAUCGUUAAGUGAUAGAGAGCGCGAUCUGGAAAUGGAUAUGAUCAAUGGUAGAGAAACAAGUAGUAUUGGCAUUACAUUAGUCGGAGCUUUGUUAUGGCCAGCUAUCAGUAGUAAUGUUGGAGG